AGAUGUUGAUACAUUUAUUUCCCAAACUCUAAAAGGAGAAAAUCUAUCCAAGAAAGCAAAAGAAAAAAGGGAAGUUCUUCUUAAGAAGAUAAAAGAUGUUAAGGCAAGUGUUUUUUUACUGAUUGCUCCUGUGUGAUGUCUUCUAACCUCUCCUUUGAUGACAUGCUCCUGCCUGUGUGGCAACUUGUUUAGUUUCAAAGACGGCACAAUCAUCUGUUAUCCUCAAGAAUUCCAGGAUAAAGAACAGGAAGAUGAGGAGGAGUCUGAGGGCUCUGUUUCUUUGCCUCCUGAUAGUGUCUCAAUAGCAUCAGACCGAUAUGAUAAAGAGGAUGAAGCACCUUCUGAUGUGAAUCAGUUACCUCCUAUUGCAGCUCAGGAUCUUCAGUUUGUUCUGAAGGCUGGAUACCUGGAAAAACGCAGAAAAGAUCAUAGUUUUCUUGGCUUUGAAUGGCAGAAACGUUGGUGUGCUAUCAGUAAGACGGUCUUCUAUUAUUAUGGAAGCGACAAAGACAAACAACAGAAAGGUGAAUUUGCCUUAGAGGGCUAUACCAUCAGAAUGAAUAAUAACCUUCGGAAGGAUGCAAAGAAAGAUUGCUGUUUUGAAAUCUCCGCUCCUGAUAAGCGCAUUUAUCAGUUUACAGCUGCCACUCCCAAAGAAGCAGAGGAAUGGGUACAGCAAGUCAAAUUUGUAAUUCAAGAUAUGGAAUCUAAUACUAUUCCUGAGGAGGAGGAAGAGGAAUAUGAUGAUGUUGGACAAGUGAGCAGUGAAGCAAUAGAUGAUAGCAUUUAUGAAGAGGUUAAAGAAGAACGUGUUCCUUCCAAGGCUGAAGUGCCAAGAAAACUGAGCCAGGAGAAAGUUACCACUGUUUCAGAUAGCAAAAAUACCGAUUAUGCCAAUUUCUAUCAAGGUUUGUGGGACUGCACAGGAGAUGUACCUGAUGAGUUGACAUUUAAACGUGGUGACAUUAUCUACAUUCUCAGCAAGGAGUACAAUAGAUUUGGCUGGUGGGUAGGAGAAAUGAAGGGAACCAUUGGCUUGGUGCCUAAAGCCUACAUAAUGGAGAUGUAUGAUAUUUGAGAGGCCUGGGAGAAAUCUGCGCUUGAAAUCAAGAGUGGUGUGCAGCUGCAGUUUACAGACCCGGCCUCUGAGAGAAGAAGAUUCUGCCGUACACAUUUUGUGGUUUCAGUGAAUGUAGUCAGGUCGUUGCCUUGUGUAUAUUAAACAUUAAAACUGUAAUUGAUCAUAAUUCUGCGGAAAUGUUUUUCUUAGCCACUUCUUAUAGAAUUGUAAUGCAAGGAAAUGAAAUAGAUGAUAAUUAACAUAUGGGGCACAAGCAGCCAAAUACUGCCUGUUGCUCUUUUCUUAAGCAUAUUAGCAGCACUUUGUAUAGCUAUAGGUUUCUGUUCUUUCAGGGAAUUUGGCUAUGUUUUCCUGUUCCUCAAAUUUAGAAAAAUUAAGCUGAACUUCGAAAGUAGAAAACUAUUAAUCAGUUCACACAUGCAUUAACCUUUUAAUGCUCACUGUACAUAUUGUGCGGUUUCCUAGGAAAAUCAAGGAAAAUUUAUGUGUAAUAUUGCAAGUCUUCAGGGUAUUCUGCUUCCAAAAGUUUUUGUAUUGUGUUUUAGCCAAUGAUUAAUUUUUCUCAUAUAUUUAAUAUUGCAUUGUUAAUUAAUACUUUGUUACUACUGAUUAUUGUGCUGAUAUAAUAAAUCAGCUGUGUGGUAAUACUGCCCUGAUACCAUUGUGACUUGGAGAUAUUAAUUAUGUGAAAAUUUGUAAAAAGAUAAUAUAUAAGCCCCACAAUUUUUGCUAAGCGAGCAUGUACCUAAAUGGCAGGUAAGGAUGAUCUUUGUCCGUGGUAGUGUGAAAUAUUUUAUUUGUACCUUACAGACACUUUCACAGAGUCAACUGGAUACCUUGUUGGUAUGUGGAACUUCUGAUACAAGUUGGGCAACAGGCAUCUUCAGCUCUACAAGGAUUAGUAACAGAUGCCCAGAGUCUUGGAGUCAAAUCCAGAACUUUGUGGCUAAAAGCAUCAGUUGAAACAUAAAGUACACUAAAAUACUAUCCCUUGUGGACAAGGGGUUGGGCAAGUCAGAGUUAAUACUUUAAAUCCUCUUGUUUUCGAGAUGUGCUUUACCAUUAGCAUGCAAGAUCAGCUUUUUUGAAUCCUCCCACAGGCUUGAUUUGUGAGACCCUUAAUCUGCCAAAGUGACAGGUCAAGGCAGUCUGCGAAUUGCUGAGCCUGUGCAGGUCCCCUUGUAGUUGCUUGUGCUGUUUAUGCUUCAGGCGGGCCCUGAAAGCACUGAGAGUGUAAAAGGUAAUGUUAGUCUGAACUCGGAGUUAGAUCCUUUUGGUAAACUAAGAUGUUGGGCUUUAUAUAAGCUAAUGUAUGGUACUUGAUGGUGCCCUGGAUUCUAACAGGAGUGAAACAGGGUACAGACUUUUGUUGUAAUUUUUUUAAAAAAGAGAUAGUCAUUGAAGUGGAUUCUGUACGUUAUCAGUGAAGCAUUAAAAUGAUAGAUUAUAGUCUUCAGAUCUUUUACUACUUUAAUUUAUCAAGCGUACUUGUGGAUUGUGUACAGAAUGUGAAGCGUUAAUAUCACGGCUAGAAAGCUCCCUCUCUCUUGUUAACAUGGCAGCGUCAUAAAUCUGCCCACCGAAAUGUCUUUUUAUUAAUUAUGGAAUUCCGAAUUCUGCCACCACCUACUUUGGGGGGAGUAAAUCCUCCUCCCCCCCCCCUUCCUUCUCGCUGAGACGAAGCGCGAAACUUGAUUUAGGACGGGAGCAGUGCGGGGACGGCGCGGGGGAGCCGGCGCU